GGGUGAGAGAGAUACAGUUUCUGUACAACAAUGGAAAUUCAAUCAGGAAAUGGAGAGGAGGUGGCGAGCGCAGUGUCGGCGACCUCGGGCUGUGUUUCCUGGAGUCCCUGUGGGUCGCAGGUAGAGGCAUCCGACGAUCCAGUGAUCAGAGAGGACCUGCAGGCUGCUAAGAGGAUUGAGAGGUUCCACAUCCCACUUGAUAGCCUGAAGAGGAUGUUUGAGAAGCCUGCAGGGGCAAACACGGAAGUGACAAGCGUCCACACCUCCCCGUCCAAACGAGCGACACAGGCUCGCACAUCAGCACAUCAGACAAUGGCUGCAGACGCUCCUCUCUCUGCAGGCAGCUCAGGCGGAUCCCGGUCAGGACAUCCUGAGGAGCCUGAGGCCGAGCCGGUGUCAGUGAAAGAGCGUCUGGCGAUGUACCAGGCGGCCGUGUCCAAGAAGGAAACCAGCAGCUCCUCGGCUGCUGCGGUGAUGGAGGAGUCAGAGGCGUGCUCGCUGCCCGGUGGUCUGGCCAGCGUGAAGAGGCAGUUUGAGAACCAGGAGUUUUCUUCGUCCUCUCAGUCCACCGUCACCCAGUAUCACUUUGAGCAGAGAUCAGUCCAGGAGGUGUCGAGCUCCUCAGAGAUGACAGUGAGGAGCAGUGCCAGAGAGGUCGCCCCUUCUGCCUUCUUCCAGAAUCAACAAGAGGUGAUCCAGGAUGAAAGAGUCCACCAGAACAACGUGGCAGCGAGUUAUGGGAGCCAUUACAAUGAAACAGUUAUGCUCGUCGGAGGAGAGGACCUACCGAAGGUUUCCACUCAGGCUUUGAAGCAGCAGUAUGAAAGAACGAUCGAGGAGGCCGCACCAGCCAAGGAAAUUAAGGUUGACGUGGAUUUCAACCAGUUUCAGUGGACACCAAUGACUCAGUCCUCUAAAACUUCAGCAAGCUAUGACAGCUCCUCCACCUUAAAGACCGCAGCUACCUCAUCAGUAGCAUCCACCUCGUCUGCGGCGUGCGAUAUCACCGACAGUUUCCCUCCCCCGCCCCAAAACCUCUUGCAGGAAAUGCCGUCCCAGCCCCAGGAGCUGGCCUCCCAACAAAAGGCCACCGGCAAUAAGGAGCAGUAUUUCAAACACAAGAGUAUGGCGGAACUGAAGCGCCUCUACAAGCACAUCCACCCUGAAGUCCGCAAGAAUCUGGAAGAAGACUUCUUGAGCAAUCUCUCUGAAGCUGAAAAGCAGGAUUUAGAGAAAGUGGAGAUGGCUGGAGAUGUCCAGCAGGCGUGUUAUAUUUUUGAAAAUGAAGGCAUAGCCUUGAGUCCAUGUUCAAGUCCUGACAGGGAGUCUGUGGAAUGGGAUGAGAUCCUUAAAGGGGAAGUGCAGUCCAUGCGUUGGAUGUUUGAGAACAAACCACUCGAUACAAUCAAAGAUGAAACUCCAGAUGAGAACGAGGAGAGAAAUAUCGCCCAGCAGGAAAUCAUUGCUGGAAAAGACGUCAGAUACACAGCUUGGAUGUUUGAGACUCAACCGAUGGAUGCUCUGGGAACUGAGACGACUGAGUCGACGGAGCAAUCUCAAAAAUCAGACGAUCUUGCUAGAGGCGAUGUGCGCACCGCUACAUGGCUCUUUGAGACCCAACCACUGGAUUAUCUGAAUAAGAUCUACCAAGAAGACGAGCAGGAGAUGGAAGUCGUCGUAUCCAAAGAUAUCACAGGUGGGGACGUGAAAACUGCAAGGUAUCUCUUUGAGACCCAGCACCUGGAUUCCCUAGGUAAAACAGAAACCAUUGAGGAAAGCCACUUCCUGAAUUUGAAGUCUGAGUUGGAAGAGAUUAAAGGUGAUGUGAAGACAACAACUCGCAGGUUUGAGACUCAGCCCAUGUGUGUGAUCAGGGGGGACUCCGGACAGAUGCUGGAGAUCACCACCAUCCGCAGGGAGGAGACUGAAAAAGGAGACGUCAAGACAUCCCGCUGGAUGUUCGAAACCCAACCUUUGGACAUGAUAAAUAAAGACCCCACAAAAGUAAAGCUCAUUUGUGGGAUUUCCAUGGAGGACAAUGUUCAAUGUGGCGUGAAUAAAGGUAGGUGGCUUUUCGAGACGAAGACUCUUGAUUCCAUAAAUGAUGAGGAAUGGGAGAGUUCCAGGAAGCAAAAGGAAGAAGUAAUUGGCGCUGAUGUGAGGAGGCAUUGUCUGGUUUUUGAGACUCAGCCAAUGGACACUUUGAAGGACAACACUAACGCAAGACCUCAGCCUACAGAGGAGAUUGUCGGAGGGGAUGUUCAAUCUGCUAGGCAUCUUUUUGAAACAGUGCCUAUGGAGAAUCUGAAAGAACUACUGGAGGUAGGAAAGCUUAAGAAAACAGUCGCAUCCGAGGACGAAAAGGGUGACGUAAGGCAUCAAACGUGGGUCUUUGAAAGCCAGCCAUUGGCGAAUAUCAGGGAAGAAAAGAAGGAGAUUAUGAAAACAGUGAAUGUUGAAGCUCUGGACAAAGGAGAUGUGACGAACUACAAAGAAAGAUUCGAAAGUAUGGAUUUAAGCAAGUGCGAAGGGACUCAAAGGAUCCAAGUUGAAGGUGUCACAAGUGGAUCCGUCAAAUCCAACCGAGUUCUUUUUGAGUCUACACCUAUGUACGCUAUGCAAGACAGCUCCGGGCACUACCAUGAGGUCAGGACUGUGAGGCGUGAGGAGAUCGUGAAAGGAGACGUCCGCAGCUGUCGGUGGAUGUUUGAAACACGACCUAUUGAUGAGUUUGAUGAAAGCAUCAACAAGUUCCAGCUCAUCAAAGGGAUAUCCAAGCAGGAGAUCGAGUCAGGGGAUGUCAAAACGGCCAAGUGGUUGUUUGAAACUCAGCAGCUUGAUGCCAUCAAAGCGAUCAACAAUGUUGAAGAUGAGGAACAUAAAACUAAAGAGGGUAUUGAAAUUGAGAAAGGUGAUGUCAAGACUUGUAGGUGGCUGUUUGAGACACAACCGAUGGACGUUCUUUAUGAGAAGGUGGAAAAGAGUGAAACCAAUGUGGAGGAAGUGCAAAAAGGCGACGUCAAGACUUGCACAUGGCUGUUUGAAACACAAACCCUUGACAACAUUCGUGAUCACUCAGAGUCCGAGUCUGAGACCAUUCUGAAAACGUGCACGGUAAACCAACAGGACAUCCGAGGAAAGGACGUCCGAUUGGCUCGCUUCCUGUUCGAAACGGAGAACCUCGAAAACCUCACAGGUGAGGACAACAGCUCUUUCAGGAGGGUCACAGAAAUCGACAUCCAAUCUGGCGAUGUCUCCAGAAUGAAGUACAUCUUUGAGAACUGCUCGUUGGACAUCAUGAGCUCCACGUCUGAAGAAACAAUGCAGAAGCUGAAGAUGCAGCAGGCUGAGGACAUCCAGAAAGGAAAUGUAGGCAACUGUACUUGGAUGUUUGAGAAUCAGCCCAUCGACGAGAUCCGCGAAGAGGCGAGGGAAGUUCGCACUGUGACUGACGUUCAAGGGGGAGAUGUUGACAAAGGGCGCUUCAUUUUUGAGACGUACUCCCUGGAUAAAAUCAAAGAGGAGUCUUCUGAGACUGAUAUUUCUACGAUAACUAGCAUCUUUAGAGAUCAAAUAGAAAGAGGAGAUGUGAAAAACUACACCAUGAUGUUUGAAACUCAACCGCUCUACGCCAUCCGUGACAAAGAGGGCCAUUAUCAUGAAGUUACCACAGUCACCAAAGAAGAAAUAAUAAGUGGGGAUGUAGUGGGGGCCCGAUGGCUGUUCGAGACAAAGCCUUUGGAUUCAAUCAGAGAUUCAGAGGAAGUCUAUGUCAUUAAAGCUGUGACUGAGGAGGGGAUCAAUAAAGGAGACGUUAACUCAGCAAGGUGGCGGUUUGAAACACAACCCCUAGAUGAAAUUACAGAGGAAAUAAAAGUAAAGUCCAAAACAGUGGCAGAUAUCCAGGGUGGCGAUGUGAAAACAAACAAACAGCGGUUCGAGACUGAUGAGAUGUCCCAAAAGUACAUUAGAACUGUAAGCGUGAGCGAAAUCCAAAAGGGCGACGUCAGAUCUGCCACAUGGAUGUUUGAAACCCGCACGAUUGAUGAGAUCCGCGGCGAAGGCGCCGAGUACGACAGCAUGGAGAGGGUGACAAAAGAAGAAGUAAUGAAAGGGGAUGUCAAGCAGUCUGUGUGGCUGUUUGAGAAGCAGCCCCUCGACAGUAUCAAAGACACGGACGGCACAGAGCUCGUUGUCACAAAGGAGGAAAUCCCACAGGCCGAUGUCAAGACAACAACGUGGCUAUUUGAAACCACUCCAUUCAACGAAUUCAAUGAGAGCAGAACAGAGAAGAAAGAAAUCAUAGGAAAAAGCAUCAAAGAGACACUUGAGGAGCUGUACUGUCAAAAAAUGGUCGACUCACAAGGUAUUCUCAUUGAGGCAGAUGAGAUUGGCGAUGUCCGCAUGGCCAAAUACAAACUCAUGAGCCAGGAGGCUCCACAAAUACAAAAGGAAGAGAUCAUCCGAGGGGAUCUGAGCAAUAUAAUGAUGAACCUUCUCAACCGCAGAGAGACGACUGAGAGGGGCAUAACUAUUGACGUGGAGGAGCGGGGGAACAUCAACACAACAGUGAAGCAGCUAUUCAGCCAGGAGAGGGGAAUUAAUGUGGAGAAAGAGGAAAUUAUCCGUGGUGACAUUCAGGAAGCCAUAAACAAUCUGCUCAAGAAUGAAGGCUCGACAAAGCGUGGCAUUCUGAUCCAAGAGGAUGAGAAAGGUGACGUCAGGAUGACGAUCUACUCUCUGUUGAACAAAGGGGAGAGGGCUAGCUUGGAAAAAGAGGAUAUCAUUCAAGGUAACGUCAGCAAAACCCUUCAUCGUCUUCUUUCAAACUCAGGGGACGAAGAAUCUAAAAAGAUAAAGGUCAACGACAUGGAAAGGGGCAAUGUAAGCUUUUACACCACAUGCAUCGAGUCGGGUGCCCUCGAUUAUCUGAAGCAGCUGCAGUUUGAGGCAGAUGAAACCCUGGAAAAGGUGGAGAAGGAGUGCAUCAUCGGUGGCGACAUCGAAGAGACCAAAAUAUUGCUGCGGAAGAAGCAGGAGAUUGGUCGCACAGUGGCGAAAGAUGACAUAGUCCCAGGGGAUGUGAAUCGCACUGUUGCUGUUUUCAUGACAGAGCCGACUGUUACCUACAGAAACCUUGAGAAAAAGGACAUCGUCAAAGGCGACCUGAACGCGGCCCUAGACUCGCUGACCCAAGCCAUCAAUCAGAAAGUAGUAAUAGAGAAAGAGGAAGUGGUGAAGGGAGACAUUCCUACCACUUUGAGGUCACUAGAAGAGGCCCAGCAUCAAGCCAAAGAAAUGGAAAAGCCUGAAAUUGUUCCGGGAGACAUUAGAGGCGCUCUGGAGUCGCUUGAGAAAUCUGCAACUGCCUGCACAGAAGCGACUAUUGAAGAUUUGGUGCCAGGGGAUAUCAAAGGGACGCUGAAGUCCCUGGAGGAAGCGAAGCAAGCUGUGAAAGAAGUGGAAAAAGAGGAGAUCAUCAAAGGAGAUAUUCACACUGCUAUGCAAAGUUUGCACGAGGCGUCAAGCGAGAAGAAGAUUUUCCAGCAUCAGGUCAGCGAACAGGGGGAUGUCAAAGCCACAAUCCAGCUCUUGCUCGAGCCGAUGACUUCCCCGAGACUGCAGCGAAGGGGAAGCAUCGAAGGAGAUGUGAAAACAUCAAUAAAAAGCCUGUAUGAAGGGCAGGAGGCAGCACAGGUGGAGAAAGAGGAGGUGGUGAAAGGGGACGUUCAAGGGACAAUAAAGUGCUUAAUGCAACGAAAGCAGUAUUCAAACACUAAACGUAUGUAUCCAUCAAAGAAAGCAAAAGCGCCCGUGAAAAAUCCAUUAAGUGUAAAGCAGGCCGAGCAUGAAUGCCUGCAUGAAGCCAAGAGUGAGAGUGCAGCAGUCAAUCCUGCCCCCGCUGUGAAAAACCUCUCCAGGAGCAGUGAGUCACAGAAAAACGCACAGAAGCACCACGAAAGCAAAUCAGUGAAAACACAGGUAAUAACCAAAGAGGACCACUCUGUUACUGUAGCCAAAACAGACAAUACCACAGGGGCCUCUCAGCAGAAAGGCAUAAAAGAGCAGAAGCAGAAAGCGCUGCCCCCUCAGAAAGUACAAGCUCCCAAGCCUGUUAUGAUAAAGAAUAAACAAAUUACUAAUAAUGAUCAAACUGAGACUAAAUCGGCUGAUGUGAAUGUGACGAAAGAGGUGCAAAACACAACCUUGACGAAUAUUUCAAACAAGCAAAUAUGUGAAACAAAGACAGUCAAACAGACUACAGUGACGGAGAAAGCUGUCACACAGAAGCAAAAUGUGACGGUGUCAGAGCAAGUGUCGACGCUUGCCCAAAAGCAGAAUGUCAAAAACAUGAAGAGUGAUAACCGUAGCCUUGAUGUCAAAGGGAAAGGUCUGAUCAAAAAGGCAAAGCCUGAGAUCCACUUCCCUCCUCCCCCUUCUUCGCCACCCCCACCUUCAGAGUCAGAGCUCUCCCUCCCUCCGCCGCCAUCCCCAGUGUUAGAGAGCCCAGCAUCUCCCACAUCUAGGCCUUCUAUCAUGAGGCAGGACAGCGACCUUCCACCUCCACCUCCGCCGCCUCCUUUGGAGUGCAUAAAGUCUGAGCCAGAGUUCUUCCCUCCCCCACCACCUCCCCCGCCUUUAGCAUCUGUAAGCGGACAAGAUUUCCUCCCUCCACCUCCUUCACAACAAGAGCUCAACGCCAUGCCUCAGCCUCCCCCUGCCAAGCCAGGGAAACCCAUCGGGAAGCCUUUAUUCAAAAUCCCCAAACAGCCAGAGCCGCCGAAGCAGCCCAUAAAGGUCAGACCCAAAUGGCAGAAAAAGGAGCCAACUCCACCACCACCACCACCGCCGCCGCCACCUCCACCUCCACAGAUCCCUCUGGAUCAAGAAACAAACGUACCGGCAGAGAAAGUAGAAGAAGUAAAAGUUCAGGAAGUUAAAAGAGAAGCGAUGCAACAGGUUGAAACAAGCAAGCAGGCUCAGUCUGAAUCCACAAGAACAAAAAUACCAACCAUCCCAGUGCAGAAAGAAAGCCCACAACCACCUAAGAAAGUCUUCGUCCCUCCGAUUAAACUGCCACCAACACCUGAACCAGCUCCAGCGCCGAAGCCUCGACCUUACGCUCGCAAAUUUAAAACCCCGCUCAUGCUCGCAGAGGAGCGCUUCCGCCAACAGAGGGAGAAGGAGGAACAGGAAAGGAGCAAAGUCACAACCCCCACUUCGCCACGGCCGUCAUCUGCUGCAAGUUCUGAGCUUACAACCGAGCAGAAAACUGAAAAAGAAGUGGUCACAGAGGAGACAAAAAUAAAGACGGAGGAGACAAAGACAGUGCCAAAAGAGGCAGACACUCCUUCAAAGAAAAGUCCAUCCCAGAUCCCUCUGAGCAAGCCUUCGAUUUCUGUGACAAAUAAGAAAUCUGCCACUGGAAGUAAUGUUUCCCUAGAUAUGAAGCAUGCAAGCGAAAGUGUUGCCUCUGCCUCAGCUGAAGUCUUUAAAAAGAGUCAAACCCCACCCAAAAAUCAGGCUGUUUCCAUUUCCAAGUCUCAUCAAGAGGCCGCAAAUAUCGACACCAAGUUAGGCUCCAAUGUGGUCACUUCUUCAGUCACAGAGCAGCAGCAGUUUAUUAAGAAAUCCAGCAGCAAGUCUAUCACCACCACACAAAGCACCGUCCAGGAAAGUGUAAAUCUUCAAAGCCAGGCUGCGGUCACAUUGAAAGCCGAAGAUGUAAAGAAUAUUAAUGUGCCUCUGACACAGGAGGGGAAAAUGAGUCCCUCUAUGCCCACUAAAAUUCCAAAAGUAACUCCAAGUUUCAAGGUGAAAACGUUUAAGAUGCCACCAGAGAAGAAAGAGGAGAAGUCUGAGGUUGUCAGGCAAAAGGAAGUGAUGAAAAGCGACGUGACUUCACAGCCAAAGAGUGAAAGUAAAGUGACGGAGGCCAAUCGUGUGACGUCAGAGAUCAAGACGGAAAUAAAAGCACAGGAGAAAAAGAGCCAGGUGAUCCAGCCUGUAAAGGAAGUUGAAGUAGAGGUUAAGGUGAAAAAAGGGAAACAGAUGCAAAAGAAAGAGGGCGAAGUAAGGCUGUCACCAUCAGUUACUGUUUUAAUGCCUAAGGUGGCUAAGAUAACAUCUGCAGCAACUCAUCAAGGACAAGGCCAUGUAUCUGUCUCCCACAGCCAGCAGAGCCAGCAGAGCGUGAAAGCAGAGCACGUCCAACGACACGAGGAGGUGGUCGUGACCGAGAAAGUGGUACAGCAGAGCCUUCAGAAGCAAGAGGCCGUACAAGUGCAGAAGGUACAAUCAGCAGAGACAAAUAAAAUGCAGAUAAAGGCGGUAAGGGAUCAGCCAAAGGAUGUAUCUGUGAAAGGGAGAGGGAAAAAGGGCCAGAAAGAGGAGGUGAAAUCAGAAGAGAUCACAGAUUCAGUGAAAUGUAGUGUAAUGCAAACGCUGCUCGCUCAAAUUAAAGAGCUGGAGGGCACGCCAAGCAAAAUAGACUCCAACACUGUCAGAGCCAUUAUCAGUGAAAUCCCAGACUGGAUGAUGGGCUCGGAUGAGAAGAAGAAUUUGGAUGAAAUUGCUAAACAGCAAAGUAAGAAAAAGCUGAAAGAAAUGCUGAUUUAUGUGAGGAAUAUCAUUCAAGCAAAGCUCACAUUUUUGGAAGUAAGUCUGACAACCGUGGUGCAGCAAGGAAAAGAAAAAGAGGAAGUGCCAGCACCACCGCAAGUACCUCAGCAAGUACCUCAAAAAGUACCACCACAAGUGCCUCCGCAAGUGCCUCAACAAGUACCACCACAAGUGCCUCCACAAGUGCCUCCAAAACCAGAGAAGAAUAUAAUCAGUGGAGCAACUACGAAGAUCUCAAAGAUUAGCAUCGGCUCGUCAAAAACUGAAAAGAAAGUAGUGGAGAAGAAAAAGACUACUCAAGAAAGUAAAGUCCAACAGGAGUUGAGUAAUGUCUCAGAUCAGAGAGUGUCCUCCCCUUUGGCGAGCAUCCGCACCCCAUCACCAACUUUUAUCAGCAUUGAGUCACGGAGAGUCGAUUCGCCACUUCGUGUGACCCCUUCUCCUCCUCCUUACAAAUCCGUCGGGACUCCUCCGCCACCUCCUCGCAAGUCGUUCACACCAACCUUGAGCCGCGCCACGCCGUCUCCCACUUUGAGUCGCUCUGAGAAACUCAUGAAACUUCGGGAUACCACCACAAAACUUUCUCGCGGUAUCACACCUCCGCCUCCGAUGCCGGUGCCCGAGUUCUUCACCAAUGAAAGAGAGCAGUCGUCUCCCAUUAGUGACAGGGAGACUCCCGGGGAGAGGCAUGAGCACGGAUUGGUGGAUGUGUCAGAAAUGGUGGACUCUAUGAUGACGGUCAGAGACAAGAAGUCUUUCUUCGAGGAGGCACAGAAAGCUGAGGUGAACAGGGCGUACUACCGGAAGGAUCCCAUUGAUAUCCCUGAACGUUUGGGCCCUGACACUGAGGAAACCUCAGAGACUGUAACUAUAGAUCUCUUGAAGGAGGAUCUACCAAGAGUGGACUUGUCCAAGCUUGUGAACAAAUUCGAAUCGCAACAACCUAAAGUCUACACAAGAAAAGAGCCCAUUAUAAUCUCAGAGAGGCUGGAGAGUGACAAUGAAGAAGGAGAGACUGAACCUCACACCCCAAGAACCGAAGAGAUCCCGACAUUCAACGUCAAGGCCAUAAAGGAUGUUUUUGAGACAGGAGAGCACAGCUCUCAAGCUGCCAGGGAGCUGCGGGAACAAAUAGAACGAAGAGAACCUGAAUCUGCCCCGUCUGAGGCGACAGGUAACUCUGAAGUGAAACAAGUCACCGAGCAGUUCUGCACCAUCGAUGACUUUGGAAACAUGACGACAGAGGCGAGGAGCGAGGUCCAUUCUGGGAGCUCCCUGACCCGCGGUAGCCCUCCAUCAUACGCUGAUGUGGUGAGAGGCAGAGUGCCCACAGUUACCGUGCCCCCCGAGGCCUCCACCGAGGAACUGCUGAGAAACUUCCAGCAGUCGUGGGCUGAGAGUCAAGGAGUCUUCCAGAACCUUGGUUUCAGCGUGACAGAGCAGAGGACCUCACAGAUCAUAACACGCCAGCAGGAGACUGUUGUGACGGAGAAUUCGAGUUCCAGAGUCCGAACUGUGCAGGGUGUGUCGGAAGAGGGUGUACCCCAUGGAGUCGCUGAUUGCAGACAAACAAAACUUCCAUAAAAGCUGCUUUCGCUGUGAACACUGCAGAGGCAAACUAAGUCUGGGCAACUAUGCCUCUCUCCAUGGACGAAUGUACUGCAAGCCACACUAUAAGCAACUUUUCAAGUCCAAAGGGAAUUACGACGAAGGAUUUGGACAGAAACCACACAAAGAACUUUGGAGUAAUAAGAAUCAGG